AUGAAUCUAAUCGUGAAGCUCCGCAGAAGUUUCAGAACGCUGGUCAUUCUCUUGGCAACCUUCUGCUUGGCAAGUAUUGCCAUUUCUGCUUAUUACCUCUACACAGGCUACAAGCAGGAAAUGACCCUCGUGGAAACCACUGGAGGAGCGGAGUGUGAAGACCUCAAGCUUCUACCAUACAGGUCCACGGGGCUGAAAACGGCUAAGCCAAUUGAUCCAUCUAAAACUGACUCUGCUGUCCUUCUGUUCGUGGAAAGCCAGUACUCCCAGCUGGGGCAAGACAUCAUAGCCAUCCUCGAGUCCAGCAGAUUUCAGUACCACAUGGUCAUUGCGCCAGCUAAGGGGGAUAUUCCCCCUCUCACAGACAAUGGAAGAGGAAAAUACACAAUUGUUAUUUAUGAGAAUAUUUUAAAGUACGUAUCCAUGGAUUCAUGGAAUCGAGAGCUUCUGGAACAAUACUGUGUGGAAUACAGUGUUAGCAUCAUUGGUUUUCAUAAAGCCAACGAGAACAGCUCCCCCAGUACAAAGCUGAAAGGACUGCCACUGCUGCUUUACAAUAAUGUAGCCCUCAAAGACUGUGUGGUGAACCCUCAGUCUCCCCUGCUGCGCAUUACCAAAGCGCCAAGGGUUGAGAAAGGUCCACUGCCCGGUGAGGACUGGACAGUUUUCCAGUUCAACCAUUCCACUUAUCAACCUGUGCUGUUCACCGAGCUGCAGACCUCCAGACCACCCCCUGCAGGACUGCCCAAGGCUGCUCUGUAUGCUACUGUCAUCCAAGACUUGGGGCUUCACGACGGGAUUCAGAGAGUCCUGUUUGGAAACAACCUGACCUUCUGGUUGCACAAACUGAUCUUCAUUGAUGCCCUCUCUUUCCUGUCAGGAAAGAAGCUUACACUGUCCUUGGACAGGUACAUCCUGGUUGAUAUAGAUGACAUCUUUGUUGGGAAGGAGGGAACGAGGAUGAACAUCAAGGAUGUGAAGGCUUUACUAGAGACUCAAAAUUUACUGCGCACUCAGGUUGCAAAUUUUACCUUCAACCUUGGAUUUUCAGGAAAAUUUUACCACACAGGGACCGAAGAGGAAGAUGAAGGUGAUGACCUGCUGUUGAGAUCUGUGGAUGAGUUUUGGUGGUUUCCCCACAUGUGGAGUCACAUGCAGCCUCACCUCUUCCACAACGAGUCAUCACUGGUGGAGCAGAUGAUCCUCAACAAAGAAUUUGCAAUAGAGCACGGCAUCCCGACCGGCAUGGGGUACGCGGUGGCUCCACACCACUCCGGGGUCUACCCAGUUCACAUCCAGCUGUAUGAGGCCUGGAAGAAGGUCUGGCACAUCCGAGUGACCAGCACAGAAGAAUACCCACACCUGAAGCCUGCACGGUACAGACGGGGCUUCAUCCACAAUGGCAUCAUGGUGCUCCCUCGACAGACCUGUGGCCUUUUCACUCAUACUAUUUUUUACAAGGAGUAUCCUGGGGGACCUCAGGAGCUGGACAAAAGUAUCAGAGGAGGUGAACUCUUCCUCACCAUUCUCCUGAAUCCCAUCAGCAUCUUCAUGACACAUUUGUCUAAUUAUGGGAACGACCGCCUGGGCUUAUACACCUUUGCCAACCUGGCCAACUUUGUUAAGAGCUCAACUAACCUGAGGCUGCAGACACUGCCCCCAGUUCAGCUGGCUCAGAAGUACUUCGAGCUCUUCCCGGAGCAGACGGACCCGCUUUGGCAGAAUCCGUGUGAUGAUAAACGACACAGAGAUAUUUGGUCCAGAGACAAGACCUGUGACCACCUACCCAAAUUUCUCAUUAUAGGACCUCAGAAAACAGGAACAACAGCGCUUUAUUUGUUUCUCCUGAUGCAUCCUUCCAUUAUCAGUAAUCUCCCCAGUCCAAAAACUUUUGAGGAAGUUCAGUUCUUCAACGGAAACAACUAUCACAAGGGAGUUGACUGGUACAUGGAUUUCUUCCCCACUCCUUCCAAUAUCACCACUGACCUCCUCUUUGAGAAAAGUGCCAACUAUUUCCAUUCUGAGGAAGCUCCUAAGCGAGCUGCUUCCCUCAUCCCCAAGGCCAAGAUCAUCACCAUCCUCAUUGACCCAUCCGAUCGGGCGUAUUCCUGGUACCAGCACCAGCGAUCCCAUGAAGACCCUGCUGCCCUGAAAUUCAAUUUUUAUGAAGUCAUCACGUCCAGCCCCUGGGCUCCCUCGGAGAUCAGGGCUCUCCAGAAGAGAUGCCUGACACCCGGCUGGUACGCUGUCCACAUCGAAAGGUGGUUAAUGCAUUACCCCCCCUCACAGUUGCUUAUUAUUGAUGGACAGCAGCUAAGAAGUGACCCAGCUGCUGUGAUGGAUGAAGUGCAGAAGUUCCUCGGAGUUUCUCCUCAUUAUAACUACUCUGAAGCUCUCACGUUUGACCCUCAGAAAGGCUUUUGGUGCCAGUUAUUGGAAGGAGGGAAAACAAAGUGCCUGGGAAAAAGCAAAGGUCGAAAAUACCCACCAAUGGACCAAGAGUCUCGAGCGUUUCUGUCGAGCUACUACAGAGACCACAACGUGGAGCUGUCCAAGCUGCUGCACAGGCUGGGGCAGCCCCUGCCCUCCUGGCUGAGACAGGAGCUGCAGAAGGUCAGGUAGCACACGAGGGCAGAGGACCCAAACAAGGACAAUCUCCCUCACCGUCAAACCCCUCGCUUCUCCGACUCACUUGUGAUCGUCAGUAGAGGACCUCAUGA